GUUGAUUGAACCCGUCAGUGGAUCAGCUGAUCGCUUGACUCACGUGGAGAAUCAGCUGUGCGCGACAAUGGAGGAACUAGCGGAGAAGAAUCUUGAGAUACCACCCAUCAAAUACGAAUAUCUCGAUCACACCGCGGAUGUACAAUUGCACGCAUGGGGCGAUACGAUGAAGGAAGCCUUCGAACAGUGCGCGAUGGCUAUGUUCGGUUACAUGACAGACCUGCAGCGCGUGCAGAUCACACAGGUGCACCACGUGGAGGCCGAGGGUCACGAUCUCGAAAGUCUGCUUUUCCAUUUUCUCGACGAGCUGCUUUUUAUGUUCAGCGCUGAGCCGUACAUCGUCGCUAAGAAAGUGGAGAUUACCGAAUUCAACGAGCACGAUUUAAAAAUCAAGGCAACCGCGUACGGCGAGGAGUUCACGAUCGGCAAACACACGCAAGGCGCCGAGGUAAAAGCCAUUACAUAUUCCGCGAUGCAAAUUUACGAUCGUCCGCAGGUGGAUCGACCCGAGGUCUUUGUCAUUGUCGAUAUAUGAUUUAUAAUAAUUAUUGUGAUCGGGUGUCGAUCGUCUUAUCGUACGUUUCUCGGCGUCCUCGUAACGCAGCGCCGGACAACGCUCUGAAAACAAGAAGUUGGAAUGACUGACCUGAACGGAGGGUUGGAGGGAAAAUAGAGGGAGGUUACCGAAGGGCGAGAAGGGAAACCAUACGCCUCCCCUAUGUAGGAUACGAUCCUUUUGUAUCUGCUUCGUAGAGUUCAAAUAAAUACGUUACGAAGAAAGCACCGGGUCCCCUUCUUCUUGGCUUUACUUGAUUCAGGUCUGUACCAAUGUUGCGUAGAUACCCGAGAAAAUGCGAUUUUUUACUGUUAUAUCUUACCUAAAAAAUUACCUUUUUAAAAAAAGGUAAAAAAAAGGUGCCAAGUCCGCGUAAUGUAAAAACCUAUCCUAUACAAAAAUUAAUAAUAUGAAAAAUUAAGCUAAGUAAAAAUAAGAACUCUGUUAUCUUUAGCUUCUCUAUUCUGAAAUAGCUGUAAACUGAAAUCCUCGCGUUGUCCUUUCAUUAAUUAUUUAUCACUACACAAUUAUAAGCUAAAAAAGUGCGAAUAAAAAAAGGCGAACAUUACAAAUUGAUUAUGCACGUAUUUUUCAUCGUUUAUACUCGAAUAAAAGCCAUAUUAAUAUGUUAGACAUGCCAUGUUACAAUAAAAGAAUAGGAAACGAUUCCACAGAAUAAAGAGAUAGUUUGUCGUUUCGAUAAU